AUGCCUGCCACCGCACUGUACAAAUCCGUUAAUACGAAUGUACCCUAUGCGUUGAACAUCGGUGGGGCCACAACAAACGACGGAGACAUCCUCGUCACAGCCUCGUUCGUUAAAAUGCUCCAACGGAUAUUGCUUCUCCGGAGCAAAUCCACAUUCCUCACAUUCCUCCUCGCCCAACUCCUCUCAUUCCACCAAGUCGUCCUCCUAGUCUCCUCCACAUCCUCCCACCUCUUCUUCCAAGGCAAAGUCUACGUCCGGCGGCCCUCCUCCUCCUCCUCCUCCUCCCAACAUCAGCACAUGCCCUAUAGCGGCUUCCACUUCCUCCCAAUUGCAACCCACACCCACCGUGCCCUCCAUCUGAAUCCCUACCCCAUCUGGGCCCUAAUCAACGCAAACGCACACGACUCCACCCCCGACUCCGCAAUCGCCAUCCCGACGAACUGCAACGUCUGGCCUGUCCAAGCCUGUCCACCCGAUGGGCCUCUUCGGUAUGGACGUUGGCGCAAACAGAGGAGGGGAUGUUUAUGGGGGAUGUCGCUUUGGAGUGAGGAGGAAGUGUUGGCUGGGUUGAGCCUUCAACCUACAUACGCACAAUUUCGAAGCGACCUAGAGGAAGCUCUACAUGGUCAGGACGACCCCGCACUCCGCACCGCCCACAUGAUCGACACGCUCAAACUCCUCCGCCCCGGCCUCGAUUUCAAGUCCAAGUCCGGGUCCAAGUCCGAGUCCGAGUCAAUCGACAAAGCGCUCCAAAUCCUCCUGCACAACGCCAUCCGCGAAUUCGGUCCCAUCCCCCGGGACGUCUACACCGCCGUCCUCUCCUCCUCCUCCCUCUCCUCCCUCUCCUCCCUCUCCUCCGCCCAUCAAUCGCACUCAAAAACACUAGAAACGCUCACCCUCGAACGCCUACACCGACUCGUCCUCACGUUUGCUCACGAAUCUAAGCUCGAGUCUGGGGCAGAACACAUCCUCGCGAUCAUUCCGAGAGAGGGCGAGGGGGUGCCUAAACUCGAUGCGUGGGAUAUCAGGUUUAAAUCUGGACGGAUCGCGGGGAGGAUGUCGGACAAGGUGCUGGACAAGGUGCUGUCGGAGGAGGAGGAGGAGGACACUAGCAUUAAUAUCGACGGUUCCCUCUGGGCCAUGUUUCGUUCGUUCCGUAAAGUUAGGGCGGGGUGUACUAUGGCGAGAUGGGUAUUCUCGAUGAUCGGGCAUCGGACGCUUUGUGCUCCUUCCAGGAACUCUGGAUUUGUGCCUAUCCGCAUGACGCCCGACUCGAACUCGAGCUCUAACCCCAACCCCAACCCUAACACUCCUCCGAAUCUCUUCAGUACCCAGGGCUCUUGCGGACGUACCAUCAACAUCCCCACCAGCGAAACACCACACGAUCUCUAUGAUAUUAUCACACGUGAAGAAGGGCGGAAACCCGUACGGAUCGACCUUAGCCUCGGAAAUCGAAAUACCAAUAAUACAAUAACGCUGGACGACACGAAAUAUUAUAUCCCAACCAACACAGUGGACGACGAGGACCCGGAUUCCCUGUUCGACUCGUUCAUGGUCCAGCGGGACGGGGAUAUGCGUACGAUCUGGAUUUCUGUCUUUCGAUUCACGAUACUUUCCUCCUCAGCGAGCGACGCCAGGCCGCAGUCAGCUUCAGCUAGGGGAUACGAAGAGAUACGUAGGAUCGUGGGACGAGUUCGGAAGCUGGUCGAGGAGAUGCCCACGGAAGCUGGAGGGGAUGGGAUGAGUAGGAAACGUAAGGCUUCCGAGUCGGUCGACGUCGAAAUGAAGAUCAAAGUCGUUUAUUUCCUCGUCCACCCCGGGUCCGAGUCCACGAUGGAGUCUCAGUCUCAGCCAGUGUCCUGGCAAAUGCCCGAUGGGUGGACCGACGACCGUACGGAGGGAGAGGUAUUCUCUUUAUGUUUACAGAUUCCGGAUCCAGUGGCGCCAUGAUUCACUGGCAAGUAUGAGCCGUGCAGGGGACUCUUCAAAGACGAUGGAGACCUGAAAACGGAAAGUCCGGCUUUCUUUCUUACAUGCCGUCCCGGCGAAGAUCGGAAGAAAUGGACGAACAGCGGACUCUUGAGAUCGAGAGGCGGGGGCGGGGCUCGAUAUCAUGCGGGGAAGAGGGGUUCGGCAGCGAACGGAGGAUUCAAGACACCGUUCGGACGACGGUGUUGCGCUUUGAGUCGGUGCGGACUUUGACGUCGAACCUCGUUCGCCGGUCUCGUUCAUUCUCGAGCUCGAGUUUACGCUCUGAAUACUCGGCCCGACUCGUGCGCUUACCCUUACAUACAAUGUUGGUACAGAGGGAGCCAGGAACGACGAACGGGGAAUUUUAACGUUCAUCGGGUGGGGUGGCAGCUGUUGAUGGAUGAUGGGUGAUGGGGAUGGAGUGUACUGUACUGUACAUAAACUGACUCGGACUCGGGCUCGGAGGGUCGGAAGUCGGGAGAGUCGGCAAAUGAU